GUGCCUGUCCUAAUGAGCAUCCUUGUUAAUUAGGAGCGCCCGACCUUAGCUGCAGCACCCAGGGCAGUGGGGGCAGCUGAUGGGCGUUAGCAUCCCCGCCGUGCUCCGUGCUGGGGGCAGGUUGUGCAGAACCAGGGCUGAGCUGCCCCACGUUGCCUUGAUGCUCCCAGGGAAGCCAAACAAACAUCCCUGGGGUGAGUUUGGCCCAGGGAGCAGCACGGGUGGGCUUUGGGACAAGCGGGGAAGGCAACUCCCACCCGCAGCAAUGAUCCCAGACCCCCAGAGCUGCGGCUGUACGGGGCUCACGCGUGCUUUCCCACGAGCAGAACGGGUGUAGGCAGCGAUUUUUUUCCUCCCGCCCGUCGCUGCGGCUUCAAAAUCUCCUCUCGCUGCUGCUCUCCCCACGUGAAUCACGAGCAGAGAGGGAGGACGGGUGUGGGUGCGGGUGCGAACGCAUGGGCUCCGGCGUGGGGCUGCUCACGGGAGCGUGCACGGGGUGUGCGUGUGCGCAGAGCAGGCGGCGAGCUCCCCUUAGGUUUUAUUUUUUUAAAAAAAAUUAUUUAUUUUUUUCUGCGGCAGAACUAAAUCCCCGUGUUUCGUGAGCGGUGCAUGAAUCACGCGCUCCCGGGGUGGGCAUCCACUCGCUGCCUCUCCAGGCAAGUCAGCCCCUGCUCCCGGGGGAGCCGAGCACCGCAGAAAAAGGAGGGGAGUGGGUUGAGCCGAGAUGCCCCCCCCCCCCCAGCUGCCACAUUGCCUCCAUCAAGGUGGCUGCUGAGCCGCCUAAUGAGGGGCUUAACGAAGAUUAGCAGCAGCCCUUUGCUCUGCUCCAUGCUGAGGGGGCCGGGGCCGUGAUGGAGUGUGGGGGGGGAACAUGCGUGGGGGCAGCCUGGGGGCCGUGGGUGCGUGGACGAGGAUGGUCCCUGCUGCGAGGGUGUCCCCACCCGGCCGGCAGGCAGCACAGAUGGGUGCGAUGUCUCGGGUGGGUGAGCGUGUGGGCUGCGAGCUGCGUGUGAGAGAAGAACGUGUUUGUGGCCGUGGGUGGCUGCGUGGGCACUGAGCUGCCCGGCGCUGCGAGGAGCCCACGGGGCUGGCGCACAUCCUGCCCGUCCUGGGGUGUCCCAGCCCCGUGGGACAUGUCCCAGGUCAUGACAGCUCCCCAGCACCCGGCACCCGGCUGGGCGCAGGAUGCGGCCCCUGGCCUGGGUGGGCAUCGCCAGCCUGUGUCUGGGGGCAGCCUGGGCUGUCCCAGCCAAGGAGGGGAGCAGGAAGGUGGAGAAGCCCAAACUUGACCUCACACUCUAUGAAAACCUGGACCUGGACAACUACGACCUGACGCUGGACAGCUAUGGGGACGUCGUCGAUCUGAGCAACUAUGAGGAGCUCUACGACUACAGUGACAUUGCUCCGAAGAUCGAGGUCGGGACCCUGGCUCCUCGCCCCAAGGACCCCGAGGCUCUCCCAGAGGUGGGCACCACGGCUCCAACACCAAAGCCGCAGCCUCCGACCUCCAGCCCCGUCCGCCCCGCGCAGGGGCUCCCCAGCUGCUUGCGCUGCCUCUGCAUCGGCACCUCGGUUUACUGCGACGACGCCGACCUGGAGCACAUCCCGCUGCUGCCGCCAGACACCGCCUACCUCUACGCCCGCUUCAACCGCAUCAGCGCCAUCCGGGCCGGCGAUUUCACGGGGCUGAAGAAGCUGAAGCGAAUAGACCUGACGAGCAAUUCCAUCUCCUGGGCAGAUGCGGACGCCUUCCGCCUCCUGCCCAGCCUGCAGGAGCUCAUCCUGCCCGAGAACAGGCUGACGGCGCUGCCCGAGCUGCCCCGCAGCAUUGUCAGGCUGGACGCCCGUCUCAACAGGAUCCCCAGCACCGGCCUCCAGCCCGAAGCUUUCCGGGACCUGAAGCAGCUGCAGUUUCUCCAUCUGUCCGAUAACCAGCUGGACUACGUCCCCACGCCCCUGCCCGAGAGCCUGCGCUCCCUGCACCUCCAGAACAACAACAUCCAGACCAUGCACAAGGACACGUUCUGCGACAGCCAAGACCACAGCCACAUCCGCAGGGCGCUGGAGGACAUCCGCCUGGAUGGCAACCCCAUCAACCUCAGCCUCUUCCCCAACGCCUACUUCUGCCUGCCCCGCUUGCCCACGGGGCGCUUCGCCUGAGCCCCACCGCUGGCUGCCCUUGGGGAGCAUUGCUGGGCCCCCCCACCCCACCAGCAGCCCCCAUUUCUUGCUGUCCCAUGGGAAAUGUGGGGUUAAGGCAUUUAACCCUGGGCCUCUGCGUGUGGGUGAUUUCAUUUCUGGGGCAAACGGAGCAGGGUGUGGGCAGCUGUAAUAAAAUGAAGACUUUAAAAAUGCAAUCGGCGUCCUGCUCGGAGCAGCGAGGGCGAUGGGGAGCCCUCACCCAGCCCACCAGCUGACCCAUGCUGGUGACCCAUGCUUCCCCAUGUCCCACUUAUUUCUUGAUUUCCUCCCUGGGGGCCUGGG